AUGUUUCUCUACCAGCGGCUCAACUUUUUCUUCGUGGCGUCCAAAGAGGAGGAGGAGGACGACGACGAGCCCCCUAAAUAUGACCUGUCCCUUUUUAAGCGUGGUGAUCUCUUAGAAGUCCCCAGGACACUGUUCACCCACUUUGGUAUCUACUUGGGGGACGACCGCGUGGCUCAUCUCAUACCGGACAUCCUGCCCGCGAUCUCCGGGAACAAAUCCGCCAUCGCCAAGAUGGUGACGAACUACCGCCUGCUGCUGGGGGUCAUCACCAAGGUGGCCAGCGUCCGGGUGGACUCGGUGGCGGAUUUCGCCUACGGCUCGGAGAUUCUGGUCAACCACACGGACACGGUGUGCAGCCAGCCGCCGCUGGACGGGGACGAGAUCGCUCGGAGGGCGGAGAGACUCCUGGGCUCGGUCACCUACAGUCUACUGUGGUACAACUGUGAACACUAUGUCAUGUACUGCAGAUACGGCAUGGCGAUCAGCUACCAGACGUACCAGGUAGAGUCUCCGUUCUGCAGAGCGGUGAGGAAGAUCGUCUGCAGCAGGACGAGCGCCUAUUCGACAGCGCUCUGCGGCGUGGGAACAUGGCUGUACCUGGGCUGCCUGACGCCGCUGACGGUUUUACCGACCCUGCUCAUCUCAUUCACCAUCUGGAUGGCGGCCUGAAGGCCUCACGAGUGAAGACUCCAAUUGUGUUUUUUUAAACGGUGGACGUUGAACUUAAAGCUGCAGUGUGUAAUACUUAGCAGAAGGUACUCGCAGAAAUUGAACAUGUUGUCGAUAACUGUGUGGUCAUAUAUGUAUUAUCACCCGCAACAGAGAACCUAGAUUUUUCUGAAACCUUGAAUGAGGUAAACAUAGCUACAUGAGGUGGACCCGACCUCCGUGCGAGUCGCCAUGUUUGCUACGUCGUGUUUUGCUGCGUUCCGGUUCCACUGCGAGUCGGGAGGUCGGGAAAAAAAUCCCUACCCCGACUUCUGGGUUCCGAGGUAUAAUAGGACGCAGCAUUAAGUACGGUUGUUGCAGAAAACGGUUGAGAAUACGCCUCAUUCGCAUUGAAUCCCCACCAGAUGUCGCCGGAAAAGUACAAAAAUCACACGCUGGGGCUUUAAGUUUUUGCUUUUAUAUAAAUGUAGCUGAUCUUUUAUCUUUAGCCUUGAUGGGAUUUGCUUCUGAUGACUGUGGAGUUAUAAAAAAACCAACAAUUUUCCUUUUAGCAGUCUAAUUUUGUGUUAUUCACCAGGUUUGGAUAUUCCAUUUUAAGAAGAAACAGACCUAUGUU